AUGCCACAAACCUCCAUACUAUUUUGCAAAAUUUUUGAUGUUUGGGGCAUCGAUUUCGUGGGACCAUUCCCUGUAUCUUUCGGUUUUGUUUAUAUUUUACUUGCUAUUGAUUAUGUCUCGAAGUGGGUGGAAGCUAAAGCUACCAAGACUGAUGAUUCUAAAGUUGUUAUAGAUUUUAUCAAGUCUAACAUAUUCUCCAGGUUUGGAAUUCCAAGAGCUCUAAUAAGUGAUCGAGACACUCACUUUUGCAAUCGAACUGUGGAGACUUUGCUAAGAAAGUACCAUGUGACCCACAAGGUGUCAACUACCUAUCAUCCACAAACUAGUGAACAAGAGGAAGUGUCAAAUCAAGAGAUCAAGUCCAUCAUUGAAAAGACGAUCAAUCCAAGUAUAAAAUAUUGGAGUUUGCGCUUGGAUGAGGCCUUGUGGGCGUAUAGGACUGCAUAUAAGACGUCCAUUGGUAUGUCACCUUAUCGGUUGGUGUUUGGGAAACCAUGCCACCUUCCAGUUGAGUUAGAACACAAGGCUUAUAGGGCUAUCAAGAGUUUCAACCUGAAGAUGGAUGAAAGUGGAGAACACAGGAAGUUGCAACAACAAGAGUUAGAGGAAAUUCGCAAUGAUGCCUAUGAGAGUGCAAGGAUUUACAAGGAAAAGUCGAAGGCCUUUCAUGACAAGAUCAUCUCUAUGAAUAAGCUUAAAUUGGUCAAAAAGUCCUUCUAUACCAUUCACGGCUUCGUUUGUUUCCGAGUAAGUUGCGUUCUCGUUGGAUUGGACCUUUUGUUGUUACUAAUGUUUUUCCUCAUGGUGUAG